AUGUACUCCUUGAUUCUCCUCCUGCUGAGCGCUCUCGAACUCACUGCAGCCAUAUCGUCCCACCGCUCAGUCUGCGAACGCGAUCCGUACCGCAAGAUUGUUCCCCUCUCGAAAUAUGCUCCCGCAUUGGAGUACUGCUCCAAGAAGUUCCCUUCCAAAACGGUGACCGUCACAGUGACUGUUACAAAAAAUGGAUACAAACACGUUGCAAUUGCGGAGCCUGGACAGCAGCCUGCAUAUGGUGGACCUGAAAAGGCCUUCUGGUCACUGAAAAACAACGGCUGUGCUUUUGCUCAGACUGGAUCUUCACCGACUGGGCCAUGCCCCAACGGCGCGGCAUUCGCAAAUACCAUCAGAGCUAGUUUCCGCGAAUUUGGUAUCUGUACAUCGGCAGAACUCGUCGACCCUCCCGUGACUAGAGAAGAGCGUAAUGGCAUUCGGUUCCGUGACAGCGCACAACAAGGUUGCGCGGAGACCUGCGACACGAGUAGGUGUGCCGCCGUCCAGUACGAUCCAACCGAUAAUCAGGACCCUAUCACGUGUCUGUGGUUCGGAGAGGGCAGCACAGGUUACACGCUUGCUGCCAAUCCGACAGCGGGAGUAGCGAUUCCACUGGUACCCGUGUAG